AUGGCAAGGGUUACUCAGAACGCCCUGAACGCUCGCCUUAAGGGACGGCCCUUAACAAAGGCGACCUUGACCUCGGCCACCACUGGUGAUUUCACCAAAGCGCUACGCCGCCACCACCAAACUCAGGAACCACCCUACGGUUUAGUCAUCGCAUACAAUAGCUUUGUCAUGGCGCUGUCGGAAAGGUCCCGUGAAGCGGCAAGAAAGUGUCGGAACGGUACUUUCGCCGAAAGCACUUUGAGCUUCGCUGUAGUAAGUAAGUUCAGUUGCAAGGGGCGAGUGGAGGCUUCGCGGCGCCGGCAGGAGACGGCGGGCGGCGAGGCGCACUUUUAUAAGUGGACCGAGCCCCGCGCAGCACAUUCAGCCAAAGUCGCGGACUGCGGAUUGCGUGGUCUCCGUCGGGACAUAUUUUUAAGACAAAUCAUACACAAAAAUCUAAUCGCACUCGAACACAUCAACGAAAUUAACAAAUGUAUUUUCAUUUGU